UUAGAGAACAUCAGGAGAUAAAAGCUGUGGUCUCCAGUAUUCUCAUGCACCAGGGGACAGCGGUGACCAUGAGUGACUCCACAGAAGCCAGGAUGCAGCCUCUUAGUUCCAUGGAGGAUGACGAGUUGAUGGUCAGUGGCAGCAGGUAUUCUAUUAAAAGCUCCAGACUACGACCAAAUUCUGGAAUCAAGAGUUUGGCAGGAUGCCCAGGACGCAGCCAAGUCCCCUUGGUCCUGCAGCUGCUCUUCUUCCUGUUCUUGGCCGGGCUUCUGCUGAUCAUUCUUUUCCAAGUCUCCAAAACCCCAAACACCCAGGGGCAGGAGGAACCCAAGCAAGAGAAGAUCCUCAAGGAACUGACCCAGCUGACAGAUGAGCUUAUGUCCAUCUCCCAAAGGCAGAAUGAGUCCAUGCAAGAGAAGACCUCUGAGCAAUUGAUCCAGCUGAAGACUGAACUCCUGUCCAGGAUCCCUGUCUCCCACAGGCAGAAUGAGUCCAUGCAAGAGAAGAUCUCUGAGCAACUGAGGCAGCUGAAGGCUGAAAUCUUUUCCAAGAUCCCCAGCUUCCCGGUACAGGAUGAUUCUAAGCAGGAGAAGAUCUACCAACAGCUGGUACAGAUGAAGACUGAGCUCCUCCGCCUGUGUCGACUCUGCCCCUGGGAAUGGACAUUCCUCUUAGGAAACUGUUACUUCUUCUCCAAGUCCCAGCGGAAUUGGAAUGAUGCCGUCACAGCUUGCAAAGAAGUGAAUGCUCAACUAGUCAUCAUCAAUAGUGAUGAAGAGCAGACCUUCCUACAGCAGACUUCUAAGGCUAAAGGAGCAACCUGGAUGGGCCUGUCAGACCUGAAGAAGGAGGCCACGUGGCUCUGGGUAGAUGGUUCUACUCUGUCAUCCAGAUUCCAGAAAUAUUGGAACAGAGGGGAGCCCAACAACGUCGGUGAAGAAGACUGUGUCGAAUUUGCUGGGGAUGGCUGGAAUGACUCUAAAUGUGAACUCAAAAAGUUCUGGAUCUGCAAGAAGUCUGCAACCCCGUGCAGUGAAGGCUAGCGCAUCUCAGCGUCUACCUUCAUGCUACUCUGCCAAGUGGAUGGACGUGCCUUGGUUUCAUGCUGGCUCCUACUCCCUGCCACAUGGCCUCA